UUGUAUCUUGCAAUGCUUAUGUGCGUUUCAGUUACUUCAUAUCCUUUAUGCAACAUUUGUCAAAAAUAAUUUUUCAAUUUUUUUCCUCCAAGACAUCAAGAAACCAGUAAUGUUUCCUUGAGUUUGCUUCUGUAUUUGCUUCAUCAAUGUCUCUCAUAUUGAAUAUCUUAAGAGAGAUGCUGGAAUAUUUUGGUGUUCCCAUAGAUCAGGUUUUGCGUAUUUGGGAAAAUAAAGACUAUGGAUCAGCGCGGAGCAUUGUUCGUAUGAUUGGGAAAAUUCUUCCUUUAGAACCUUGUCCUAGGCCCAUUUUUGAGUUGACCCCAGUCUUGAACUCUGUAGGCUCGGGUAACUUUGGAUCUGUAGUUCCAUCUUUUGCUGAUAUUUCGUGGGUGGCAAAUGAUGAAGAAGCCAGUUAUUUCAGCUUCCGAAAUUGUAGAUGGGAAAAUGAAGAGAAGGAAAAAAUGGAAAUACUCCAUCCUUCACAAGUGGUUUGGGAUUCAGUCCCACCAGUUCUAAGACAUAACAGCUCAGUGACAAAUAGUCGUCCUGAAGGUGACCCUGCAAUUAAAAAGAUAGCUGUUCUUGAAGAAGAGCUGACUUUCCUCCGCUCUCAGAUUGCUGCUCUUGUGAGCCUGUCGGAACUGAAACACAGCCCAUGUACUGGCUCCUUGGACUUGAAUGAGGGGCCUGAUGGCUUGGGACUGAUGCCACCGUCAGAGGCUGCUCUAUCAAGUGUUGCACCGGAUCCGUUUCCAAGUUCAGUGUUUCCUUCUCCUCCUCCUCCGCCUCCACUGCCCCCCUGCCUUUCUUCUCUUCAGUCUCCAUACUCUGGUUCUAAUAAUGUAUGUGACUCUGGUAACUCGGCAACUGAAACGAAGAAACAGCAGCCAGGUGACAGCAAGACCAAUCAUAGUUGCUCCGAAACUCAGAAAAGCCACGAUGUUCCAAAUAUGCUGGAUGUGCUGAAGGACCUGAAUAAGGUUAAGCUCCGUGCCAUUGAGCGGUCACCUGGAGGUAGACCUGUUCAGAAGAGGAAAAGACUAAGUUCACACUGGGAUCCAGUGUCUGUAAUCUCUCAUGCGCUUAAGCAGAAAUUUGCAUCUCAAGAAGAUGAUUCCUUUGAGAAAGAAAAUAGGUCUUGGGAAUCUACUCCAUUUUCUAGCCCAGAGAUUUCUAGGUUGGGACAUCACAGCUUGCAACCUGAAACUCAGUGAACUCAAGAAAGAACCGAGAGACACGAGAAGGGCAGGCCAGGGUGUGAGCAACCCGUGCCAGGGAAAGGUGGCACCUGUGAGCAAAGCGCCUCGUCUCUGGAUGGAGU